AUGUACUUCCAUUUGAAUCGGGCACAACAACAAGCAACAUUGUUUAUUCAAUUGGGUAUCUCAUAUCUCAUCUAUGUCUCUAUCUUGACUCCUUAUCUGCCCAUGUUCGAGUCUAUCUACGUACUGUAUGCAUCAGAACUUAAACAAAACUAUUACUUGAAUUGGUAUGAAUAUGUCAGCAUACGUGAUACACAUGACCUGGUAUAUCACUAUAUCAACCAACUAGCCAGCCAGCCAGCCAGCCAGUUAAAUUCUGUCCCUCUUUUAUCUAUACAUGUACUCCAUACCCCAGGUACUGCUACUUGA